AUGUCUGAUCAGCAUGAAGACAUUUAUCAGAAGACUUUGGCUUCUUCUCUGCAAAGCCAUACUAGUUCUUGGAGAAAAUUCUCAGAGGCCGAUUUUGUGCUAGGGUUACCAUUAGAGAUGAGCUGGGAAAUGGUGGAAGAGCUGACUCAUGGGUUCAGAAGCAGAAUUCCGGCCUAUGAGAAUGGCGAAUACUUACCGUAUGAGGGAUUGCAACCUGUUAAUGGUACCCGGGUGACGGUAAAGAGAUACACCAGAGAGUGGCAUACUAUUCUUCAAAAAGAAAAGAAAGCAGCCUUGUCUAUGCGCCACAAAAAUAUACUUCGGCUGAUUGCUUUUUACGAUGGUGAAAAUACGACUGUCCUGGCAUUUCCAUUUACUAUAAGAGGGCCGUUACACACAAAUCUCUAUGGAUCAAUGGGGAAACAGUUGAAACUGAAAUUUCAAGAAAAGUUGAAGAUAGCUAUAGAUAUUGCUCGAGGGCUUCGAUACAUGCAUGAAGAAUGUCCUCAAGGUCCCAUAGUCCAUGGCAAUUUGCUCAUAACCAACAUUUUUCUGAGAAAUGACUUACGCCCGAUGAUCUCUGGUUUUGGGCAAGCUACCUGGCUUCAUCUUAAGCAAACAAAGCCAAACUCCAACCAAAAGUGCUCACUUCGGGAUCAUUUGGACCGCGAAGCAAUGGCUCUAGUGAAAUUCGACAUCCAAUCCUAUGGAGUCUUGCUGUUGAGGCUCUUCUGCAAAAGGUCUACCACACUGCAGGACGACAGAACUUUGACCGAGUGGGCUCGUCCGUUGUUGAUGAAACGAGCGUUCCACGAACUAUUAGAUGAAGAUUGGGAAGAUGUAGACAUGCAUGAAAUGUUUAGAGUGAUGUGCACCGCAUAUCAGUGCACAAUGUCUAGGCCAGAUAUGAGACCAUGCAUAAGCGAGAUUAUAUCUUAUCUCAAAGGAGAGAAUUUUUGUGUGAUGCAAACAUCUCCAUCUGAUAGCAUUCGAUAA